AAUGGACGGCUUUAGUUGCAUAAGAUGACGUGGUUGUCAGUUAUUCGCUUGACACAUCAACAUAUGCUUUGUGUUUUCCACUUGCCUUGGUAGUUUAACAAAUUGAUUAGCGCAAAAUAGAAAGUUGAUGCAAUCAACAAACUAGAAAAAAUGCUGUAAAAACUCGACAUCGAUUCCAUACAGUUUAACACACUGAAAAUCAUUUCCAGUGUAACGAUCUGUGAUAGCAAAGUUUUAGGAACAUAUUGAAACCUCCUUAUCUAUUUAGCAAAACCGCAAAAAUGGGCGAUGACAACGGUGGCAUGGAUCCUUGCGAGUGCAUUUGGGGCCACGAACUUGCUAUGAGACGCCUUUUGAACAUCUUAAGGAACUCCCAAUCUUACUGCACGGAUUCUGAAUGUAUUAUUACUGAUACACCUGCAAGGCAAGGCAACCCUGACCAUGUUUUGUUGAUGAGUAUUUUCUUUGUUGUUGCAUUGUUCAUGUAUUACUUCCGUCCUAGACGUCAAGCCACCGAAGGCCCUUCAAAACCAGCAUUAAAUAACCCAAACAUUGACCCUCCUCCACCUCCAACAAUGAACUAGUUGAAACUUUGAAUAAGAGAUUAAUUUUUGCCUAUAUUAACUUAUUUUGAUCUGGAAUAAUUUCAAACACUAAUAUACAUUUUCUGUCUUUCUACAAUAUGAAAUUAGUAAACGUUUCCAAACUGUCAAAACAGUACAACAAUUACUGCCUUCAUAUCAUUCCAAGGCAAAGUUAACUCUUGAUAAAAAAUGGUGCAAUUUGUAUGUAUUUCACAUGGUUAUGGGGAAUGGUUAUUUCUGUAUUGCUAGAUUACGAUAGAAAUAUAAAUAAUUUGCAAAAGCAAAUUCACACAAUAUUUAUAAUUGGCUGUUAUACUACUUAUUCUUGUAACAUUGAGAUUAAAAAUUUGCACGCGAUUUUUUUACUUUUAAUUUUCCUUGCGACACAGUAUUUUACCAAGGUUAUUGUUGUAUACAUUUAUAAAUAUAUGUAUGUAAAUAUCUUAUGUAAAAACCUUGCUUGUGUGGAGUGUAUUAUUUUCAGGGUAUUUUCUAAAUAGGUAUACUGGGAGGUGCAUAUUUUAAAAUAUGUUGAUAGAUAGUUCUAUCUUGUAUAAUCUUCUUCUUUAUCGCCAAUAAAGGUAAUUUGACAAUU